AUGCGCCUCACACCCAGCAUCCUCUCCCUCCCAACAUCAAUCCUCCUCCUCAUAGUCUCGCACACCAGCGCCCACACCUCCUCAAACCCAGACUCAGACACAAAAGCACCGUCGCAAUCAGAAAACACGGCACAAUGGCCCUACAACCUCCCUCCCCAUGUCAAGUUCUGGCCCGAGGAUCCGCCUUCCCGGCGCCGCGACCUCGAAGCUAUAGAAGAGCAUAUACGGCUGGGAAGGAAGCCGGUGGGCGUUAUGAAAAUGAGCGAUGAUGAGGGAGAGAAGUUUUAUAUGGAGUAUUGGCAGUUCGAGGGGGAGCUAGAACAGAAGGGACUGUUGGAGACGAGGAGUGAGAGUUCUGUGUUGAGGAGAGAUAGUUCUUUGCAAAAGGAUGGACUGCAAGGGAAUGAGAGUACGGUUUUGCAGUUUAUGCCCCCAUUUUUACUACAUACAGAGAAUACCGCUGGAGCUGAGGAUUUGAAGGCUAGGGAUUUGGUAAGAGGUCGUGAUGCUGCUAGAGUUUUGGCAGCACUUCAGGCUAGGGAUUUCACUUGUCCGACUGGGACCAAUAGCUGUUCCAUGCUUAUGUCACCUACGAGUUGCUGCGCAACGGAUGAAGUGUGUUUCAGUAUCCCGGACACCGGAUUAGGUGUUGUUGGAUGCUGUCCAGCUGGGGCACAAUGUGCUGGAGCUGUCACUCAGUGCGAUGCGCCAAACACGCCGUGUCCGUCUAUAUUGGGUGGAGGGUGUUGUAUACCAGGGUUUAGUUGUGUAGCGGGUGGCUGUGCAAUGGAUCCUCCUGCAGUAGUGACUACAGUCAUUACUCGGACUUUCACAGUUACAGCUUCUUCAGUCACACAUACCAGUACAGCUGUCAGUACAGUAACAUCAACCUCUUCUACAGCCUGUCCUCUGAACGUCCAAGCUUGUCCAGCGAGUUUGGGAGGUGGUUGCUGUCCGACCGACCGAGUCUGCGCUCUCAGUUCAUGUGCACCAUCAUCUUCCUCCUCAAUACCCUCAACAUCAACAUCUGUAAGCAUCACAACCACAACCUCAGCAACAGGCGUUAUCCCCAUCCGACCCACGAGCGGCACUACCACUUCUACCUCCACAACCACCGAAGCCGGCCCAACGACAUGUCCAACAGGCUUCUACGCCUGCGAAGCCUACUAUGAAGGAGGCUGCUGCCGCACAGGCCGCAACUGCGAGAAAACGUCCUGUCCGCCCACAAGCUCAACAACGAUAAUCAGCAGCGGCGUCACGGUCGUUGUCCCUGUCGGCGCGGCAGCUACUGUAGCAACUCCAACUGGAACCUGUGCCUCGGGCUGGGAGACUUGUGCCGCGAGUGUUGGGGGCAAUUGCUGUCCUAGUGGAUGGGGAUGUGGUACUGCGAGUUGUUCGUCGGUUGGGCCAAGUAGGACGGCGGUUUUGCAGAAAGCGAGUCCUGGAGGUGCUGGAAGGAUCGGAUGGGAAAGGGGGCUGGGAAUAUGUGUGGUCUCGGUGAUGGGCUUAUUUAUGCUUGUCUAA